UGUAAAGGGGCGGGGCGUGUCCUCCGCCCAUGCGCAGAGAGUUCCCCGGCCGCCAUUUUGUUUGGCGGCCGCGGCUGGGGGCCGGGGAGGUUCGCUCAUUUCCGGGUUGGCGGCGGCAGGAGGCCCCGGUGCGGAGCAGGCGGCGGCGGCGGCGGCUCCGGUCAUCCCCCACGCCUGAAUGUGUGCACCUGCCGGUGGUCUCCUGGAGCGCUCCAACGUGUGGCCACUCUCCCGUGAACGACUUGCAGGAGCUAUGAAAUCACAGUAUUGGCCUUGUGACAUCACAGUCACUUCUGUGGCAACGGGCCGGGCGAACGUCAACACGAAAGCAUGAGUUCAUCGCAGGAAGGAGUGGGAGCACACGGGAUGCUGCUCAGGGAGCAAGCUCCUAUUCAGACGCACCGACGGCAGUGAAGGCAGCGCAGACAAACCCCAGCCAAGUAUAUGAGGGACCAAACGCUCCACGGACACUAAGCAGACUGAGCCAGCCAGGAGUGGGAAAGGAUGCCGAUACCUCCUCCCCCUCCACCGCCUCCUGGCCCCCCUCCGCUGCCAAGCUUUCAUCAGGCAAACAGCGAGCUCCCGAAGCUGAGCCGAGAGGAGCAGCGAGGUAGAGGAGCCCUGCUCCAGGAUAUCUGCAAAGGGCCCAGACUGAAAAAGGUGACGCAGGUCAAUGACCGGAGCGCUCCAGUCCUAGAGAAACCCAAGGGAGGAGGAGGUGGUGGCUCCGGCUCCAGCUCUGCUGCGCUCCAGCCCAAAGGCGGCCUCUUCCAAGGGGGCCCCCCGAAGCUCAGACCCGUCGGAGCGAAGGACAACUCAGACAGCUCCUCCGGCAAGCAAUCGCUGCAGGUUCCUGGCUCCAGAUCAGCAGCCCCGCGGCCCCCGGUGCCCGUGACCAACAGCCGACCUCACGAUGACUCCGACAACAACCGGGCUUCCCCCCCCGAGCUUCCCCGGAUGCAGAGACCCUCCUUGCCUGACCUUUCCCGCCCCAACAGCGCCAGCAGUACUGGCAUGAAACACAGCUCGUCUGCCCCUCCGCCCCCGCCUCCAGGCCGCCGAGCCAACGCGCCCCCCGCCCCCCCUCCGAUGCAUGGCAGCAAAGCGCCUUCCUACAACCGGGAGAAGCCGUUACCGCCAACUCCAGGACAGCGGCUCCCCACGAGCCGGGAUGGCCCCCCAGCACCGCCCCCCAUCAAGCCCCCCACUUCUCCAGUGAAUGUCCGAACGGGGCCAAGUUCUCAGAACCAGUCUCUAGCUCCCCCUCCGCCCCCCUAUCGGCAGCCCCCCGGCGUUCACAACGGCCCUUCCAGCCCCACCAACGAGCUGGCCCCAGAGCUGCCCCAGAGACACAACUCUUUGCAUAGGAAGACCCCGGGCCCCGUGAGGGGCAUGGCUCCUCCUCCACCCUCUUCAGCCUCCCCGUCGCUCCAGAGUAAUCGACCCCCUCCGCCGGCCCGAGACCCUCCGAGCAGGGGAGCAGCGCCCCCGCCCCCGCCCCCACUGAUGCGGAAUGGUGGUCGUGACGCUCCCCCGCCCCCACCCCCCUACAGAAUGCAUGGGUCAUCAGAGCCUCUGAGUCGAGGCAAACCUCCGCCCCCACCUACCAGGACACCGGCUGGGCCGCCCCCUCCACCUCCCCCAGUGCGAAAUGGGCACAGAGAUUCCAUCGCCACCGUGAGAUCUUUCUUGGAUGACUUUGAGUCCAAAUAUUCCUUUCAUCCCGUCGAAGACUUUCCAGCUCCGGAGGAGUAUAAACACUUCCAGAGAACUUACCCCAGCAAAACGAACCGAGCGCCACUGAAGGGUUCCAGUUUCUUGAGUCUCUCCCAUGGCAGUCGCUCCUCGGCACGGAAGAGCUCAAGUAUUCAACGGCCCGUUGUAUAAAUGUACCAGACCUGACCUGUGUGUGGAGUCCGCACAUUAGCUGGAUUUUUAUAAUUUAUUGUAUGAAUUUUUUGUUACAUUUUGCUGCAAGACUGUCGCCAUCUCUAAAGGUUUGACUUCUCCCUGGGAGGGAUGUGUACUGUAGCUCAGAUUCUGGUCUGAUUUUGUAUGCUUCUUCCUGUCUCUCCUACAUGCAAUUCUUUAAACCUCACUAUUAAAAUAAUAAUCCCAA